CAAUAUCCGCAUCAAAACACCAGAACUUGAUAUUAAAGGUCCAGAUACUGAGAUUGAACAUCCUAAAGCUGGUUUUAGUCUCCCUAAAAUAAAAAUGUCAUCAAUGUCAGGGCCUGAGGUGGAUUUGAAUAUCAAAGGUGGUCAAAUGAAAGCUGAUAUGGAUGUUGAUGUGCCAAAACUUGAAGGAGACAUUCCAACUGCAAAGGUGGAUUUUGAAGGAACAGAUGUUGAUAUUCAAGGCCAGAAAACUGGAUUUAAAAUGCCUAAAUUUAAAAUGCCAAAGUUUGGCUUUAAAGGUCCCAAAGUCAAAAUGCCUGAUGUUGAUAUUGAUAAGCCCAAAGCAGACAUCGAUAUCAAAUUGCCUCAAGGUGAUAUCAAAGGACCAGAGGUUGAUAUUGAGGGUCCUAGUGGGAAAAUCAAAGGAUCAAAGUUCAAAAUGCCAUCUUUGCCAGGGCCAAACGCAAAGAUGCCUGAUGUGGAUUUGACUCUGACAGGUCCCAAAGGAAAAGUUGAAGGUGAUGUGUCUGUCCCAAAGCUUAAAGGACACAUAAAAUCACCAAAGAUGGAAGUUGAAGGUCCAGAUGUACAUAGUUCAGGGCUUGAAGGUGGAUUUAAAAUGCCAAAGUUUACCCUGCCUAAAUUUGGACUUAAAGGCCCAAAUGUUGAGUUUCCUGAUGUUAAUAUCACAGUUCCUAAACAUGACAUUGAUAUCAAAGGACCUGAUGUUGACAUUAAAGCACCUGAAGGUGGAUUGAGUCUGCCUAAAAUCAAAGUACCAUCAGUUUCAGGGCCAACAAUAGACAAGUCUGAGGUGGACUUGAAUCUAAAAGGUCCUCAUGUGAAAGGACAAAUGGAUGUGCCUGUUCCAAAGAUUGAAGGAGACAUACAACCAUUCGAGAUUGACAUGGAAGGGCCAGAUAUGAAUAUUUCAGGCCCUGCAGGUGGUUUUAAAAUGCCCAAAAUUACUAUGCCAUCAACUGGUUUUAAAGGCAUGAAAGGGGAAGGUCCUGAUGUUGGUAUCAAUCUUCCAAAAGCAGACAUUGAUUUCAAAGCACCUGAACUUGACAUUAAGAGUCCAAAAUUUGAGAUUGAAGGGACAGAUGGUGGUCUGAAAAUGCCAGACAUAAAACUGCCAACAGUUAACAUUAAAGGUCCAAAAGUGAAGGGUCCUGAUGCUAACAUCAAAGUUCCCAAACCUGACAUUGAUAUCAAAGGGCCAGAUGUUGACAUUGAAGGGCCCGAGGGUGGAAUUAGUCUGCCUACAAUCAAAAUGCCAUCAAUUCCAGCACCAAGCAUUACCAUGCCCAAAUUGAAUUUGAAUAUGAAAGGUCCCAAAGUGAAAGGAAAUGUUGAUGUGUCUGCUCCAAAGAUUGAAGGAGAUAUAAAACUACCUGAGGGUGAAAUUGCAGGGCCAGACAUUGACAUUUCAAGCUCCGGGGGUGGAUUUAAAAUGCCCACAAUUAAAAUGCCAACAAUGAAUUAAAGGUCCAAAGUGGAGGGAGGUGAUGUUGACUUCAGUCUUCCCAAAGCUGAUGUCCACAUGAAAGCUCCUGAUGUUGACAUUGAAGGGCCUGAUGGUGGAUUUAAAUUGUCAAAAGUCAAAAUGCCAUCAUUUAAUUUGAAAGGUCCAAACGUGGAGGGUCCUGAUGUUGAUUUCAAUCUUCCAAAAGCAGGUGUCCACAUCAAAACACCAGAACUUGAUAUUAAAGGUCCAGACACUGAGAUUGAAGGGCCCAAGGGUGGAUUUAGUCUUCCUAAAAUCAAAAUGCCAUCAAUUUCAGGACCUGAGGUCGAUUUGAGUCUCAAAGGUUCCAAAGUGAAAGGAGACUUUGAGGUGUCUGUUCCAAAGAUAGAAGGAGACAUAAAAGCACCUGAAUGUGAAAUCACAGGUCCUAAACUGGAUCCACUAUCUAUAUCAGGGCCAGCAUUCUCAGUGUCAGAUGCAAACCUAAAGGGGCUUCAUGUCAAAGAGCUUGACAUAUCCAUGCCCACGUUAGAAGGAGAUAUCAAAAGUCCAAGUGGCAAAAUCACAGGACCCUCUCUUACUUUGGUAGGUGUUCCUGAGGACCUUGAAAAAUCAGGUGUCACAUUUCCCAAAAUCAAAGGUCCUAAAUUUGGAAUUAAGACUCCAGAAGCUGGUCUUAAAGGUAGAGGUGAGAUGUCCAUUGGAGUCAAAGGUUCCAAAGCAGAAGCUAGUCUCCCGGAUACUACAGCUGGUAUUGAUGCCCAUGAUAUAAAUUUAAAGGGAAAGAAAGGUAAAUUUAAACUACCUAAAGCCAAAGGAAAGACAGCAAAACCUGAUGUUGUUAUAAAAUCACCUGCAGUAGACGUGGCUCUAGAUGACCCUAAUAUUCAUGCAAAAGGAACUAAGGAAAAGAAAACUGUUUUUGGAAAGUUACAUUUUCCUGAUGUAGAAAUUGAUAUCAAAUCACCCAAACUAAAAGGUGAUGGCUUUUUCUCAGAUGCAUUAAAAUCUGACACAGAUUUUCCAUCAGCUAGCCUCAACACUGCCAUUGAGGGUUCCGCUACUGACAGUGCAAAUGUUACCAUCGAACAGCCAGAUGUGAAAUUUACAACAUCCAAAAUCAAAAUGCCAGAUGUAAAGGUGUCUGCUCCUGAUAUUGAUUUAAAUGUAAGUGGACAAGGAGAAACACUCGUGACUACUAAUGUACAAACAAAAAACGUAAAAGGUAGUGUGGGCAUGGGCAAAAGUGGUUCAGGGGUCGUGCAUCUCAUGGCUUUCAAUACCCAGAGGGCACAGUAACAUUUCCCAAACUCAAAAUACCAAAAUUUGGUAUUAUUUCAGAUCAUGACGUUGGAGGAGAUGUUGGAUCAGAACCUGCAAUUAGCGGAGACAUAAAUAUUCAAGCUCCAUCUGCUAGUUUCGCUGUCCCUUCACAAAAUCAAUGUUCCCAGUAUGGAGCUAAAGAAGAGUGAAGUAAAAGUAAAAGUGAAAAAAACUAAAUUAUUUGGGAAAUCAAAAGUCAAGGGCAGUAGUACAGGUGAUCUUCAUGGACCAGAGUUAGGAGGAAGUAAAGAUGUGAGUGUACAUGCUGGAGAAUUUAGGAGUGAAAAGUUAGAAACAGAGGGACAUUCUGGAUUGAGUGUGUCAUCUAAAGGCAAAUCAGCCUCGCUUGACCUUUUCAAAAAAUCACGGCAUCGGUCGUCCUCUUUGAGCGAUGAGGGAGGGCUGGCUGCUGCUGUCUCUCCAGGUCACUUAGAAGCAGAGGGUGGUGACAUUUCUUUAGAUCUAGGAGGAGCAAAGGCCAAAGGAAAGAAAGGCAAGUUGAAGUUUGGCACGUUUGGAGGUUUUGGUUCAAAGUCAAAGGGCUCAUAUGAAGUGACAUUUGGUGAGAGUAGUGGAGCAGCUAUCGAAGGCAGUGCAGGUGCAUCGCUAGCAUCGAAAAAAUCAAGAUUGUCUUCCUCUUCCAGCAGUGACAGUGGGUCCAGAGGUGGUUUUAGAUUCCCAAAACUUGAGCUUUCUGUGUCACCAAAAAAAUAAAGAAUUAUGAGGCAAGUUAAACUCUGUCAUGUACACCAAACACAGACCAUUAUGCUAACAUAUUAAAUCAGUCACUGGUCAACUCUUUAACAACUAAGAAGCAGUAGAUGCGCUUCUGAUUGUAGUUUACUGAAAGCAAAAUUCUCAACUAAUUACACAGGUGUACAUGAGAUUGUUUAAAACCCCAUCAAAGUGUAAAUAAGAUUAAUUUGUAUUGUAUUGGUAAAUAUUUUGUACAUAGUCCAGAUUUAUUGAAAAUAUACCAUGCCAUGAAAUUUUUCACAAAUAGUUUCUCAAGCAUUUGUUUUUUUUUCUUUCUUAUUUGAUUGUUACCUAUAUGGGCGUUAUUGAAGAAUAGGUGUGAUAUAUUUGUAUCUAGGGGUAUGUUGCACAGAAAAGAGUUACAGUAACUGUUUUGAAGGAGAAUGUUGUUCAUAAAGACAGACACAAAUGCUUAUUUUUCAUGUAUGAAAUGAUUUUAAGGUUUGCUAUUAUAUACAGUGCAUAUUUACACACACAACAUAGAGCUGGCCCUGUAUACAAUCUUUUCAAGUGUGAUGGCAAUGUAUAGAUCUUAAUUGCAAAGACAAUCAAUGUGUUUAGAUACUAUUAAUGCUUAUUAAAGUGCUGCAAGUACUUUGUCAUUCAGUUAAAGUUCAUUCUUUCAAUUUAUAUUGUAUUUUAUUUACAGUAAUUAUGCAUUUGCUUCCUUUGUUUUUAAUCAUGUUUUGACUCCUGAGUUCGGUUCUUACCAUUUUUUUUUGGUGUUUCUUUUGCCUUUGACUUCACCCUUUGUUAAAAAAAAACAUUUUCUCAUUUUCUGGUCAAGAUUAAAAAUGGCAUGAUUUUAUUUGAAAAAUGUCAUAAAUAUACAAGAUCUUGCUAAACCGAUUGAAUUAGUUGCCAAUAAAUUCAUUGUUUAAAGAGUUGCAUUGUUUUGAUGGCUAUGAAGCAUCAAUGGGCCUAUUUUGUGUUUCAAUCAUGCAAAAUAAAUAAAACAAACUGUUAAACUGUUA